AUGGCGGCAAUCGACUGCCGCGCCGGGAGGGCGUGUUGCCAUCACCCCGAUGUUGCCGGCAGCGCGGCCCGGGAAGCUCGUGCCCUGGUCGGCACCGCGUCCCACCGCUGGGAGCUGGGAGCCCCGCACCGGAGCCGGGCCCGCGCCCUGCCGCCUGUGGCGAGCAAGGGCUUCGGGGCGCCCGGCGGGAAGAAGGGGAAGAAGCAGGGCAAGGUACCUCUUCGUUUCAAGCAGACGCCAGCUAUGAAGGUAGAUCCUGACAAAGGAUGGGAGGAAAUGGGAACUGUGGAUGGUUUCAAGGGCAAGAACACCCAGUCAGUGAUCCUUGACUCAGGGGUAGCUUUCGUAUUGUACACUGUUGAUGGCACUGUCUACUGCUCAGACGCCAAUUCAACUGCUUUCAAGUUUCCUUUGUCAGAUGCAAAGAUAGUUAAAGGUGAUGGUGGCCCUGCUGUUGAGUGCCCACUUGAUGGCACCACGUACGACCUGGCGACCGGCAAGGUGCUGGCAUGGUGCCCCCAAAACAACCCCGUAAGAUCCUUAUUAGGUAGUCUUAAGUCCAAAUCGGCCCCUGUGGACUUGGGAGUGUACGAAGUUGCAGUCGCCGACGAUGGGACGAUUUAUGCCAAGAUAAAAGGCAACUAA